AUGAUAGCUCGUAUUGAAAGAAUCUGUGCUUCAUUAAAUUGCAACUCGUUGAAUAAAGUUAAUUUAGGGGGUCACGAACGCAUCGCGCGAAUUAUGUCAACUCUUGGAAGGAAAGCAAGUGUUGCUCGGUAUAAUCGAGACUCAUUGAUAUCUGAUGACUUGAUACAAUCAAUAAACCCUGAAGUAUACCAACGCAAAUAUGUUUUCGAAGUUGCUUGGGAGGUGGUCAAUAAAGUUGGUGGAAUAUAUACUGUCAUCCGUACUAAGGCUGCAUCUGCUGUAGAGGAGUUGGGUGACCGUUAUAUUUUAUUUGGCCCACUUAAUGAAGUAUGCAUGAGGACUGAAGUAGAUGUUGCAGAACCAACAAAUGAGGCAUUGAAGCGUACUGUUAAAGCCAUGCGUGAACAUGGCACAAAAGUAGUUUUUGGUCGGUGGCUUAUUGAGGGCUAUCCCAACGUUGUUCUGUUUGACAUAGGAUCAUCAGCUUGGCGCAUCGAUUCUUGGAAAAAAGAACUGUGGGAAUCUUGUAAUAUUGGGAUUCCGGUCCAUGAUACUGAGUGUAAUGAUGCCGUCAUCUUUGGAGCACUUGUUGCCUGGUUUCUGAAAGAAUUUGCUGAAAAUGUCAGAGAGCUAGAAACUGACCCUCAACCACCAAUUAUUGCACACUUUCAUGAGUGGCUUACAAGCAUUGGUUUAGUAUUUACGCGUACACGUCACCUUCCUGUUGCUACUGUGUUCACUACACAUGCAACACUUUUGGGUCGUUACUUGUGUGCUUCCUCUGUUGAUUUAUAUAACCAUCUUUCGGAUUUUGAUCUAGAUAAGGAAGCUGGCGAUCGAAAUAUUUAUCAUCGUUAUUGUCUUGAACGUGCGGCCGUUCAUUGUGCACACGUAUUUACAACUGUAAGUAAAAUUACUGGCUUGGAAAGUAAGUUUCUUUUGCGAAGAGAACCAGACAUCAUCACUCCAAAUGGUCUUAAUGUUAUUAAAUUUGCUGCACUUCAUGAGUUUCAAAAUCGUCAUGCAUUGGCUAAAGAAAAGCUGAAUCAAUUUAUUCAAGGACAUUUUUAUGGACAUUAUGAUUUUGAUUUGGACAAAACAUUGUAUUUUUCAUUGCUGGACUCACUGGCUCGUCUUAAUCAUCAUUUAAAACAAGCACAAACUGAUGUCACUGUCGUAGCGUUCCUCAUUUUUCCAGCUCAUACGAAUAGUUUUAACGUGGAUUCGUUUCGUGCACAAGCUAUUGUAAAACAACUACGUGAAACAGUGAAUUCAAUUCAAAGUGAAAUGGGACAUAGGUUAUUUGAAGUGUGUCUUCGAGGGCUUAUUCCUCAAGGAUCUGAUAUACUUACUCAGGGUGAUGUAUUUCGUCUUAAACGUUGUAUAUAUGCAACACAACGAAAUAAUUUGCCCCCUAUUUGUACACACAAUGUUGUUCAAGAUAAUAUCGACCUAGUUCUGUGUAACUUACGCCGGUGUCAGUUAUUUAAUGAUCGUCAUGAUCGUGUUAAAGUUAUUUUUCAUCCUGAAUUCUUAAGUUCUACCAAUCCACUACUACCGAUGGAUUAUGAAGAAUUUGUGCGAGGCUGUCAUUUAGGUGUUUUUCCAUCAUAUUAUGAACCAUGGGGUUAUACACCAGCUGAAUGCACCGUAAUGGGUAUUCCAUCAGUAACAACAAACCUUUCUGGAUUUGGCUGCUUCAUAGAAGAGCAUGUAGAAGAUCCCAAAUCUUAUGGAAUAUACAUUGUUGAUCGUCGUUUUCAAAGCUGUGAAGACAGUGUUCAACAGUUAACCAAGUAUUUGGUUGAGUUCUGUCAAUAUUCUCGUCGUCAACGUAUUGUUUUAAGAAAUCGUACUGAGCGAUUAAGUGAACUGUUGGAUUGGAAAAAUCUUUCCUGUUACUAUCAACGUGCCAGAUUAAUGGCUUUAAAGAGAUUCUCUCCAGAACUAUUCACAUCUAACAACAAUGACGAUACUUUAUCGACUCAUAGUUUUCAUCUUAGUCGACCAUAUUCAGCACCUGUAUCUCCAUCAUUAUCAGGACAAUCAACACCGUUGCGAAGUGCUGGUGCAAAUAGUUCAAAUCGUAGCAGUCCUACAUCACAUUUAGAUGAUGAUGAAGUUGAUGAUGACACAGAACGAUUAGAACUAGGUCUUGGUGCAGUAGAAAUCAAUGAUCCUGUACCUGGUUGA